CGCUACCCCCCCCCCUCCCUUGCUUCGACCGCUCCUCCCACCGCUACCACCUUUCCCGCCGUACUAUGACCACCAACACCAACGACACCCCGGAUCUGGAGUCGGUCGCCAGCAGCCUUAGCUUUACCACCGACGGCUUUAUCGAGCGCGCGGCCGAGAACGCCGAGCAGCGCGCCGAGCGCGAGAAGAAGCUCUCCGAUGCCGUGCGCACCCUGCUCGAGUGCAUCGGCGAGGACGUCACCCGGCCGGACCUGAUCAAGACCCCGGAGCGCUAUGCCCGCGCCAUGCUCUACUUCACUCGUGGCUAUGAGAUGAGCAUGGAUGAGGUCCUUAACGGGGCCAUCUUCGCCGCCAGCGGCCACAGCUCGGACAUGGUCAUCGUCCGGGACAUCGAGAUCUUUUCCCUCUGCGAGCACCACCUGGUUCCCUUCUUCGGCCGGGUGCAUGUCGGCUACAUUCCCAAUGGCCAUGUCCUGGGCCUGAGCAAGCUGGCACGCAUUGCGGAGCUUUGCGCCCGGCGCCUCCAGGUCCAGGAGCGCCUGACCGGCCAGAUCGCCGAGGUGGUCCAGAAUGCCCUCAGCCCGCUGGGGGUGGGUGUCGUCAUCGAGGCCAGCCAUAUGUGCAUGGUCAUGCGUGGCGUGCAGAAGCCCCGCAGCUCUACCAUCACCUCCUGCAUGCUGGGUACCAUGCGCGAGCCGCAGCUCCGCAACGAGUUCAUGGCCAUGGUCCGGGGCUCGGGCGGGCGCGACUAAGAGGCCAGAAGGAUGGCGUGUCGCGGUGCACGCGGCCCGGGGGGCGUGUGCAGCAGUGCGCAUGCCUGGCCACCCGAUCGUGGAGGGGGGCUGGAGGAGGGGGCGGGGGGGGACCCCCAAGAAGGUGUGCCCCUCUCUCGGUGUCCCUCCCGCUCCUUCUCCCCUCGCCCUCUGCUGCUGCCUGUGUGCGGGGGGGAAAACAAGGCAGCGGUGUGUACAGGGCUGCUUGUCACUGCUGCCGGCGGAGCGACAGGGGCCGAGGUCACACCCUGCCUUUUCCCACACGCGUGCCGGCAUGUGCCAAAGGGACGUGUGCAUGUGUGCUCCUCACCCCUCCCGCCCUCUCUCCCGCCUCCUCUGCCGCUCUCCGUGUGUGAGACACACAUAUGUGCCUUGGUGUGUUUACGCCGGGACGCGAAAGAGGGGAUGUAGACCACUAGAAAAAUAUAUAUCCCACAAAUGGA